UCGAUGUGAAAAAUGCUUAAAAAUGAAAGUUUGAGAAUACUACUAUUUAAUAAUAAUGUCUUAUUUUCUUGCAAAAUAAACAGUUUAUACGUUUCUAUUAAAUGCUAAUGGAAACAUCUAGAUUUCAAUAUACUAUAAUUAUUCUAAUUCAGUAGAACAUUAUUCGCCGUUCGUCAUUCUUGAAGUUGAUUUAUUCCAAGAUUCAAGGUUAAUCUAAAAUUGUGUUUACUCUUCAUUAGCCUCUACUUUCUUUUAACUCACUAGAGAAUUUCGAAACAUUUUGCGAGAAAAUUUAAGAAUAGAUCUUUAGAAUUAUUAUAAAGAUCGAACAAAAAACAAGUGAUCCUUAAUGAAUUUGGAAAGAGUAAACAGCAGUUCAAUAAGUACACAUAUUAUACAUAUAAUAGGUAAAAAUUAAACAUUUAUAUCAAAUAUAUAUAUAUAUAUAAUAAUAAUAAUAAUUUAUACAAUUAAUACUUUUUAAUUGUCUAUAAUAGAACAUUUCCUAAAUAAGUGAAAUUAAUUGCAGGAACAUGGUCUCAAAAUCUCCUUCAGAAUUUAGAAUGGGAAUACCUCUGCAUCUAAUUCUGGAUAACAUUGAUGAAGCUUUUCAAAUAUGUAUCAGUGAAAUUAGAUUAAGAGUGGAAAAUUUUCGACUAAUUACGGAUGGGCGAACAAAAGAUUUUCAUCAUUUUAAUGAAGAAGCUAAACUAGACCCGAAAUUAUUUUCAUCCGCUAAACCUAAUCUCAAAGAUCUAGAUCUCAGACUAAAGAAACUACGCAACUCAGAAGACAAUGUAGUUAAUAAGUCAAGUAAUGAAAUAAGUCAGCAAGCCGUAAUUGAAAGAAUGUCUUCUAAUAUUGAAUUAGUUAAUAAGCUACUAAAGCGUUUACUAGAAAUUACUAUGGAAGAAAAUAUUCAAUUGUCCUCACGAAAUGUAAUAAUUCAUUCAAUCCCUUUCAACAAAUGCGAUGUCCUUCCUCAUCUAAUCGUUCAAAAUAACAGACCAUCGCAAAUGUCUGUCUGUGCUAGUUUAGAAGGAAAACGUUGCUCGUGUUUGUUAAUAGAAGGCGAUGUAACGGAAAAUUUUAAGCACACUGGCUACAAAGCAUACACCAACUUUGCAACAGUUAAGCCUGAAUUGGUCGAAAAACCUAACUGGGUUGGAAAAGUUAUUGAUAUGUUAAAGAAGUUAUCUAUCAAUGUUAUAAUAAGUAAAGGAAAAAUUGAUGAUGAUUUAGCGAGUUCUUGCGAAGGAUUAGGAAUUCUAUGCAUAGCGAACGUACCGACAAAUAUUUUAAGAUCAAUAGCAAAAACGUCGAAUUGCGAUGCUGGUGCUUACAUUUUUGAGUGUACUAAGGAUCAUGUUGCAAACGAUAUUGAAGUGAAACCCUGGAGAGAUUAUUGGAAAUUUUCUUUUCAAAAAACUAAUAUCGGCGAAGAUUUUAUUUAUAUUAAAGCUCCCAACUGCAAUUUUCAAACGGUGAUUUUUGGACAUCCUGUUGAACAAAUGCGUCGUUUGAUCGAGUCAGAAUUGUUACAUAAAUUGAAUAACCUUUCAUAUCUAUUGUAUGAAAGUGAUAGUAUAUCUACUGUCUCAAAUGGAAACAUCGAACUAUUGUGCUGUAAACGACUCGAAAAAGUAAUGCAAAAAGACGUUCGAGGGGAUUUGAAUGAAGUCAAGUACUGUGUCUUUGAGAGUAUCCGCGACUGCCUGGAAGAAUACGCUUUUAUUCAGAACACGAAUAAUUUACAUUUGAACGAUGCUUAUCCUCAAAAUACCGCGUCCUUUACCUCAGCCGUACUUAAGGAGGUGACUUUCAUGACGUCACUACUCUUAGUAAAAAAACUAGCACUUAUAUCAAAUAUUUGUCAAACGGGUAUUAAAACUGAUGUUGAUUGA